CACGUUCAUGGCGGCUGCCACUCGAGCCCAUUCAAGGUGGUGUUGAUGUCCGCCUACAAACUACUUAGUCAACCCUUUGUCUGUGUUUACUCCUCUGAGACUGGCAUAUGGGGCAAUCUCAUCUUAACAGAGGCUUCUUGUGAGAUUCGUAGACAACACCCGGUCCUCGUUGGCAAUAGCCUCUACUGGUUGUGCAGCCGUGAUAGCAUACUUGAGUUUGAUUUGGGUGAGCACAGCCUAACUGUGAUCGCGGGACCUCCCGUUGCAGAUGAUAUCAACUUUCAAAACUAUCAGGUCAUUCAGGCUCAGCAUGGUGCUCUUGGCUACGCCAUAUUGUCAUAUCCUCACUUCGAAUUGUGGCAAAUGAGAGCCAAUGAUCAUGGUGGUUACACAUGGGUGCUUGAAAUGCAUACCAUUCUUCAACUGCCUCAGGCUGAAGGAAUGAUGGUGCUUCUGCUGGCUUAUGAUUGCGAUUCUGAUGUCAUACUUUUAAGUGUGAGCGGCAAUACCUACAUGGUUCAACUCAAGUCUAUGCAAUCCAGGAAACUUUAUGAAACCAUUGACAUCACUUGCCAUCUUCCUUUCAAAAGCUUCUAUACACCAGGCACAGCCAUUGCUGGUGGAUUGAAUGGAGCUGAAAUGUUACAGAUAUGAUGGCUAUCUGGUUUGAUGUGCUAAUGUGCUGAAAUAGCUUAACGGGGAUGGCUGCUGCUGUUCUCACCGAGUCCGUCGCAUUGCAUCAAUGAGGCCGGCAGUGUUCACAUGUUAUCUGAAGAAAAAAAUUGUCUUGUAGUCUAGCUGAAUUU